GAGUCGAAGGCGUCCCACGAGUUGGAGCUCAAGACCAUUAAUGCAUUCAAGCAAUUAAAUUGGACUCAUUUGGAGGCCGCGUAUAACCGAUCCAUAAAUGUUAAACAAUGUAUUACAGAACACUAUAAUAUGAGCUUGGCCUACAUUUCAAACGAGUAUUUAAUUAAAUUUAAUCCUUGCUCACCGAUUGUCACCGAUAAUGAGCGCACCGGACGUCCCGACCGAACCGUUCCCGUUGUCGGCACUGUUGCCGAAGAGGGAGACGACCGCCGCCUCCUUCCUCACCAAAUACCCCGAAUAUGACGGCCGAGGCGUGAAGAUAGCCGUUCUUGACUCAGGC